AUGGCCGACCCGACCCGAUCCAGUUCGGCCAGUCUGCCUGUGCCAACACAGUCGCGCAAAGAGAGUGUUCUGCAAUCAGGAACCCUCGAGGAACUACCGACAAUCACCCAGGCCCAAGUGUUUGGCGUUCCGUCGCCCAUCGGCUCCGACCAGUUCGACUUCGCUACUAAGGCGAGCUCUCCAAAGACACCGAGAGCUAACGAAAGCCCGUCCGCCUCGGACUACCUGAACGGAGGCCAGCCACACAACGACGGUGUCUCCCCCGUACCCGAUCAAGACCCACCCGCCUGGCUGCCGCUCCAAGAUGUCAACGAAACCACUACUCGCUCCUCCGUGCCCUCGACCCUUCCGACAGCUGGCACAGGCCCUUCCGAUGUGCCCUACUCCGAGCGCAGCGUACAGUUUGCCAACAACGAUGUCGUUCUCGAACCCCCACCCGUCAUACACCACGAGCGCCAUGCCUCAUGGGACACCAAAGACACCAUGAACAGGAUUCGAGGGUCCAGCUUCAUGACCAAGUUGAAGGAGCUCGCCGGCCCCAGCACCUCGCAGACGUUCAAGUCUCCAAGCUACCCUCCCGAGAUUAACUCUACAGCUAGCUCCCCAACCGUGUCACGCCAUCGUCAAGCCCGGUCAGUUGACGACCGCAGCGACGAAGACGCCGACGCAGAGGAAACUGCCGAUGAGAGGGUGGGGGAGUCACAGAUUCGACAAAAGAAAAAGAGACGGAUUCGACGACCAAAGUUCGAAUCGUUCUCGACCCCCAACACGCCUCGAAUCGAGCAAGAGCCGACUACCCCCGGUGGGCAUGCCCGCUUCGGCUUUAUCCGCCGUUCCACGUUCUCAGAUAUUGGAGACCGUGGAGGCCUUUCCGAGGGUGAAGGUAGGGAUCAUAUUGCUAGACAGCGCAUCAACAGAAGGACGAAUCUGUGGAUGUCGAAUCGGCCGGAUGGUGAGGGCGACGAACUCGAAUCUCCCAGUAGGAUCGGUCAGCAUCUUCGGCGCUUCUCCAACCUCGGCGGCGGGGUGUCUGACGGUGAUGCCACUCCGAGGAGACCCUUUUUCGGCACGGACAGGGCUGCGACUUUUGGUGCUCAGAAAUGGCGUCAAGUCAAGAGCACAUUGCGGCUGUUGCGACAGAAGAGAGACGACCAAUACGACUAUUUCAAAUCUGCCGAGCUCAUGGCCGAGCUUACUGCAGUUACACCGGCUGUCUUGAUGUUUGCCAGCAUGAUCCAGCGCGAUGAACAUGGAAACAAAAGAAUCCCCGUCCUUCUUGAACAGCUAAGACUCCGAAUCAAGGACAGUGCGCCUCUUCCCGGCAAGGAUAGCGAGAGACAUGUGCUAUUUACCAUUGAGCUUGAGUACGGCAGCGGUCCCAGCCAGAUGAAGUGGACGGUCAAACGUCACAUAAAGGAGAUCAUGAACCUCCACUUCAAAUACAAGAUCAACCCCCCUAAAGACAAGCUGUUGAUACAUCGGCCAGAGGGCGGUGUUCGGCCCAAACAGCCAAACUUCCCCAUCUCGGCUUUCCCUUAUUUGCGCGCAGUAAGAGGCUUGGAGGACGACGAGGAACAAGAACCACUUGACCCCCCUCGUAUAGUCGAAGAUCCCGCCGCCGAGGCCACUGCCGGGGAAACAGCUGUUGAGGGCACUGAUGUUGAUGAAAAUGGCAGGCCGCAGGUACGGAAAAAGAAGUCUCGCAUGGGUGCUUUUGGUGGGCGCCGCAAGAACUCGGCCAUAGGCUCAAAGGGUGAUCUGAAUCAAAUAGCUCUUGACGCUGCCGCCAAGAAGAAAAAGUAUAUCGAACAGCAGCAGAGAAUCCUGGAAAAGUAUCUGCAAGAGAUGGUUCGUUGGCUCAUGUUCCGGGCAGACAGUAACCGACUUUGUCGAUUCUUGGAGCUUUCUGCUCUUGGAGUUCGCCUUGCUGCCGAGGGAAGUUAUCACGGCAAGGAAUGUUAUCUCCACAUCCAAUCCUCCAAAGGGCUCGAUUUCCGGCGGGUCCUGACACCCGGCAAGGUUAUUGCUAGGCACAGCAAGAAGUGGUUCCUUGUUCGUCAAAGUUAUAUCGUCUGUGUCGAAUCGCCGGAAAACAUGAACAUCUACGACGUUUAUCUGGUUGACCCCAAAUUCAACAUUGUUUCUAAGAAGGACAAGAACAAGCACCUCACAGCAAACGGUAAUGAAAAUGAGGAAGACCUCGAGAAUUUCGACCCGACCACGGCCAAGAAGUCCAAGUCCUCCAACCACCAUACACUCAAGAUCGUGUCAUCCGAGAGGAAGAUCAAGCUCUUCUCCUCCAGCCAGCAUCUGAUACAGCAGUUCGAGGAGUCCAUUUUGGAGAUGCUCAAAACUACACCAUGGCAUCAGCGGAAUCGCUUUGGAAGCUAUGCGCCUGUUCGAACUGGCGUGUUCGCCCAAUGGCUGGUCGACGGUCGGGACUACAUGUGGAACGUCUCAAGAGCCAUCAGUAUGGCCAAGGACGUUAUCUACAUUCACGACUGGUGGCUGAGCCCAGAAUUGUACAUGAGGCGGCCCGCUUGUAUCAGUCAAAAAUGGCGUCUGGAUCGUCUACUUCAGAGAAAGGCACAGGAAGGUGUCAAGAUUUUUGUCAUUGUCUAUCGAAAUGUCGAGGCCGCAGUUCCCAUUGACUCGGAGUACACCAAGUUUUCCCUGCUGAACCUCCAUCCUAACAUUUUCGUUCAAAGAUCACCUAAUCAGUUCAAGAAGAACCAGUUCUUUUUUGCUCACCAUGAAAAGCUGGUCAUCGUCGACCACGACAUUGCAUUUGUGGGCGGCAUCGAUCUGUGUUUCGGCCGAUGGGACACGCCCCAGCAUCCAGUGACCGAUGACAAACCCACUGGAUUCGAGCCUGAUUCGUACAAUUUACCCAAGGAUGCAGAGCAUUGUCAAAUGUUCCCAGGAAAGGAUUACUCGAACCCUCGUGUCCAGGACUUUGUCAGGCUCCAUGAGCCAUAUGAGGAGAUGUAUGACCGGUCCAAGGUUCCCAGAAUGCCGUGGCAUGAUAUCGCCAUGCAGGUUGUUGGCCAGCCAGCCAGAGAUCUUACCCGCCACUUCGUUCAGAGAUGGAAUUAUGUGAGACGUGGCCGGAAGCCAACGAGGCCUACACCAUUCUUGCUGCCACCUCCUGACUGCAGCAGAGAGGAACUCGAGGCCGCCGGCCUGAAUGGAACUUGUGAGGUACAAAUGCUCCGUUCAGCAUCCACGUGGUCGAUCGGUAUCGAUGAGACCGAACACAGCAUCCAGUCAGCAUAUGUCAAGAUGAUCGAAGAGUCUGAUCACUUUGUCUACAUGGAGAACCAGUUCUUCGUGACCAGCACAGAAACAUUGAACGUGAAAAUCGUCAAUCAUAUCGGCGAUGCUCUGGUGGAGCGCGCUAUCCGUGCGCACGAAAAGGGCGAGGACUGGCGCGCAGUCAUUAUUAUUCCCCUGAUGCCAGGUUUCCAAAACGAGGUCAAUGACCAGGACGGAACCAGUGUUCGCUUGAUUCUCCAAUGUCAGUAUCGGAGUAUCUGCCGUGGAGAACACUCCAUCUUUGGCCGUCUUAGGGCUGCCGGCAUCAACCCGGAGGACUACAUCCAGUUCUUCAGUCUGCGUCAAUGGGGUAAACUCAAGAACAACUCUCUGACGACCGAACAACUCUAUAUCCACGCCAAGUGUAUCAUUGUCGAUGACCGUAUUGCCUUGAUCGGAUCAGCCAAUAUCAAUGAGCGGUCUAUGCUUGGCAAUCGUGAUUCGGAAUGCGCGGCUGUUGUUCGUGAUACUGACAUGAUCUGGUCUACCAUGGGUGGAAAGCCUUACCAGGUUGGUCGUUUUGCUCACACCCUGCGUCUCCGACUGAUGAGGGAACACUUGGGCUUGGAUGUCGAUGAGAUCCAAGAGGAAGAACGUCAAGCAGAGCUUGACGAGGCCGAGGCAAGAGCUGAGAUGGAACAACACACGGAACACCACAUGGAGCACCCGAACUUGGAACAUCGCGACUUCACUGACGACUCGGAAGAUUCCAUGGUCCCAGAAAGCUCGUCCAGGAGACGGAGGUCAUCUCACAUGUCGUCUCAUAUUCUACCUAGCACGCCGCCGCCGCCGCAACUCCCUCGUCAUAGAGCGCAUAGUUUCAAUCAUGACGUUGAAAUGCAGGAACUCCCAAGGCCAGACUCUAAGGGCAAAUCCGUUGCCGGCAGAGAAGACCAGGAGCAUGUGCAUGCCGGUGAAAGGCACAGGAGGGAUGUGGAAGGAUUGGGUCCUGAUCAUUGGAAGCUUGCUCAAAUGCAAGGUAUUGAUGAGGGCAGAGACUCUGUCGUGGUGAAUGGCCGUGAAGUGCUGGUUCACGACAUCUCUGCGGAGGGCAAGGGUACUCUGGACAGCCCGCAUGAGUCUCAUGAGCUUCGCACCCGGCCUCAUGAUGCUGCGUCUCUGUCUGAAAGCAUCGGCAAUGAGCACAUGCCGCCAAUGCCACCGUUUAACAGACGGACUACGGAGCAGCUUGGUCUUCCCAGAGCCAAUCAGUUGCCUGUCCUGCCUGUUGUUGACGAUACUGAUAUUGGCGGACCGCCUGUUCAGAUUACAGCAAACGGGACACUGUCUCACAGCCAGAUCGCCAUGAACAUUGAGCUGGCCAACAUUGACAAAGACUGCAUGCGUGAUCCUCUUAAUCCAAGUUUCUACGAGGAUGUUUGGUCUCGUGUUGCUGAGAACAACACCAAGAUCUAUCGCCGCGUCUUCCAUGUCAUGCCCGAUUCUGCAGUAACGAACUGGGCCGAGUACAAGGAGUUCAAGGCUAACGAGCGGGAGUUCAAGAAGCAGUUUGAAGGUGGCAAGGCAAGUGAGGAAGUCAAUGAGAAGAACGGAGUGACUGUUGAGCAUGCGCAAACCAGUGCUGGAGCCGGUAUCAGCGCACCGGGCCCAGCUCAGCUCACCAAGAGCUUAACGGAGAAGCUGGUCACUCCUGUCUCCAAGCUCAGUGGCGGUGGUGACAAGGGAGCUCGGGAACGCACAGGCUCAACUACUACGUUGGACGAGAAGGGGGCCACGAAGGACCACACGCGCAAGGCUCAGACCUUCCCACUCGAUGCUGAGAAGGGUGCGAUGUUGACGGCGUCGCAGAACCCCGGCGAACGCCCACCCACAGCAACACCCAAAAACGGCGCUGAUUCGAACCACGACGAUAUUAGGGCGUCUGGAGACUUCCUGAGCGCCAGCAUCACCAACAACAAGGAGCGACACGCCACCUUCUCCAACAAUCAAGAUCCUAACCCUCCCCCAACCUCAGCCAGCGGCGGCUCCACCACCACCAUGGCCGACAACAGUAACGCAACCCCCAUCAUCGCCAACGGCAACGGCGCCGCAGUAUCCUCCGACAACACAGCAACCGCAUCCGCCACGGGCACUAAUGGUGCGAGUGUCAAACCAGCCGCAUCCACCAGGCAGCAGCGUCGUAGGGCGAACACUGGCCGUAGUAAACGCGGGUAUAAUCCAUUUGACGCUCAGACUCUAAACCCGGCAGAGGCCGAGGAGACGCUCAGGUUGACCCAGGGAACGCUGGUCCAGUUUCCCUACGACUGGCUGGUCACGGAGGAGAACAACGGGAAUUGGUUGUUCCAGGUUGAUCAAGUGGCGCCGUUGCAGAUUUAUUAG